AUGUCGAGCCCUGCGAACCUGGCCCUCGACGGCGGGGAUCCGCGUAUGGAUGAGAAGAACACUAUUGAUUUUGCUAUCAAUAAUGACCACGAGCCGGUGCAGCCCGGAAAUGGCUUCUCUAUCGAGGCGGCUCAGGUGCACAACGACCCGGACAUUCUGUUCGAGGAAUACCUUCACUAUGCGGAGAUCACCCGGGCUGAAGAGCGUGCGUACGAGGGCACUCAAAUCCAACGAAAGGAGCCCUUUUCACUCGGUGGACUUAUCAAGAGUCGGUUCUCCAAGGGUCACCAGCACGAUGUGAACGCCACUGUGGAAGGAAACCAAAUCGUGACCACGCACACUGAUUGGUCUACCGUGACUGAUGUAGAAUGGAGACAAGCCUCUCGUGCCGCUAGGACUGCGUCCUGGGGCUCUAUCUUCUUCUUGAUCACGACAGAUAUUCUUGGUCCCUCUGGCGCUCCAUGGGCUUUCUCCAACACCGGCUAUGGGCCCGGCGUUGCUCUGUAUACUACUUUUGGUUUCAUGGCUUCGGUAUCUGGAUGGUAUGUCUGGGGAGUUUACAUGCACAUGGACUCUGAUCGUCACCCUCUCCGCGAUUUUGGCCAAGCAUUUUUCCGUGUCUUUGGCCCAGCCAUGCGCCACUUCAUCAACGUUCUGCAGACUCUCCAGAUGAUCAUGCUGGUGUCUGUGCUUAUUCUCAGUGAAGGAGGCAAAAUCUCCCAAAUUUCCAUUGGCAAAGACGGGGAAAAUGGCAACGGUCUAUGCUUCAUUAUCUGCCUUCUCAUCAUCGCCAUCCUGGGCAUGGUACUAGGACAGAUCCGCACUCUCCAGCGCUUUGGAUGGCUUGCCAACUUUUCCGUCUUGACCACCGUCCUCGUCUCCUUCCUAGCUAUUGGUGUUGCUGCCACAUCCGAACCAAACUACGCGGCUAUGUUCAGCUCCUUUGGCGCGUCGACAUCCGUUCCCUUUGGUGCAGUCAACUUCCCCAACGGCACUGUCGCGAGCCAUAUCCCUAUCAAGGUAUUUGCUGGUACACCUCCAUAUGGAUACGCUUCUGGUGGUGUGGGCUUCCUAGGCUCUUUCCAGGGUAUCAAUAAUAUCAUCUACGCCUACGGCGGAGCCAUGCUCUUUUUCAAUCUUCUUGCCGAGAUGCGCAACCCAUGGGACUUCUGGAAGGGAAUGCUUGUUGCAGACAUCUUCAUCUACCUCGUCUACAUGUUCUUUGGUAUCUUCCAGUACUCUUACCAGGGCCAAUACACAUUCAGUUCGGCCAUUCAGAGCAUUACCCCUUUCAGCUACCGAACCGCUGGCAACAUUUUAUCCAUCAUUGGUGGACUGAUUGCUGCUGCCUUGUACGGUAACAUUGGUAUCAAAGUCAUCUACAACAACGUGCUUAUGGAGCUUCUCCACUUCCCUGCUUUAACCACUAAGAGUGGCAAGAUCAUAUGGGUGUUCAUAGUGCCCGUGUACUGGGCUCUCGCCUACAUCAUCGCCUCAGCCGUCCCGAACAUUGGAGAUAUCUCGAGUUUAGUUGGAGCCUUCUGUAUUGGUAACUUCACCUACACCUUCCCGGCACUGCUGAAGUUGGGUUUCGACAUCAAGAAGAAUGCCAUGCUCCCCGAAGAACACUUUGACCCCGUCACGAAGAAGUACACCCGUCUGGACGGUGGUUACAAGAGAUGGUGGAGAGGCUUCAAGAAGUCUUUCUGGAUGUCCUCAUUUAAUAUCGUGUACUUCUUGGGUGCUCUCGUGGUGUGUGGUCUUGGUUGCUACGCUGCUAUUGAGGCGCUGAUUAGUGCUUUUGGUGAUGGUGGAAGCACCGCAACUAAUUUCAGUUGUACAUCUCCAUUUGCGGGAUAA